AUUUUAGUUGCCAUAUGAUAUUAUUAUCUCUUGUGUAUUGGAGUAUUGUUAAGAAUGAAAGUUUAAGGAAGCCAAGAAGGUCAAAGUUGUGAAACAAAGAUGUAGCGAUGAAAAUGCCUCUAUCACUUUGGGUUGUCCAAUUUGUUUCUCUAUCACUCAUUGGAGGAUGUGUUGGAAGGCCUUUUUAUCCUCUUCCAAGCAAACCACUGGUUGAUAAGAAUAAGCAGCCGAUGCAAACAUUUCGACCUUAUAAUAUAGCACACCGAGGUUCAAAUGGUGAAAUUCCAGAGGAGACUGCUGCGGCAUAUAAGAGAGCAAUUGAAGAGGGUGCAGAUUUCAUAGAAACAGAUAUUCUUUCCUCUAAAGAUGGUCACCUCGUUUGCUUCCAUGACUUGAUACUUGAUCUCACGACUGAUAUUGCUGCUCAUAAAGAAUUUGCGGACCGUAAAAGAACUUACAAGUUUGAAUAUGCGAAUGUCACUGUCACCGGAUUUUUCAUUGUUGACUUCACAUUAAAGGAAUUAAAGUCAUUACGAGUGAAGCAGAGGUAUGGGUUCCGGGAUCAACAGUACAAUGGUAAAUAUUCAAUUAUUACUUUCGAAGAGUUCAUUUCAAUUGCACUGGAUGCACCCAGAGUUGUCGGAAUUUAUCCAGAGAUUAAAGAUCCAAUUUUUAUCAACAAGCAUGUUAAAUGGGCAAACGCAAAGAAAUUUGAGGACAAGUUUCUGCAGACGCUUCAGAAGUACGGCUAUGUAGGCUCAUAUUUGUCAAAAAAGUGGAUGAAGCAGCCUGUAUUCAUCCAGUGUUUUGCUCCAACUUCACUCAUAUAUCUUUCAAACAUGACCAACUUGCCCAAAAUACUUCUAAUUGGUGAUAAGUCUAUCCCAACUCAAGAUACUCUCCAGUGGUAUGACGAGAUUACUUCAGAUAGUUACUUGGAUUUCAUAAAGGAGUAUGUGGUAGGUAUUGGACCUAAUAAAGACACAAUUGUACCAGUGGAGAAUAAUUAUCUACUGACACCAACUGAUCUCGUUGCCAGAGCACAUUCCCAUAACCUGCAGGUGCACCCUUACACUUACCGUAACGAGAACCAGUUUUUACACUUCAACUUCCAUCAAGACCCAUAUGCAGAGUAUGAGUACUGGAUAAACGAAAUAACAGUCGAUGGUCUCUUUACAGAUUUUACUGGGAGCCUCCAUAAUUUUCAGGAGUUGUCUUCCCAUCACAAGUUAUAACACAACAUACCUGUGGGUAAAAAGUUAUAAAUAUCUAAUGAAAGAUUUGUGUGUAAUUCUCUGCAUACUCUGUAAUUUAUGAUUAUUUAGCAGGGAGAUUGACAUUAAC